AAUUGUCUUGGUAGAACAGUAUUUUGCAGUAUGCAUAAAACAAAAAGCGAAUAAAUUGUAACCUUUAGGAUUCAAAUGUGCCUUUUAUCGUUAACAGUUAUUAACCUAAGGCAUCGCUUAUUUUAGUGACGGAAUCUCGUACGAGGAAGUCGAACGGCUCAUUCCUGCGUGUUUUAUUAUCAUCAUAAUCAUCAUGCGUAAGCGAGCAACCCUCGUCAGCCGAGGGCACGCGCACGUUGAGCACCCUUCUCAUUUCCUAAGUUACAGAACAAGUAGAGCGAACUCGGGAGCCCGCCGCCGUGACCUCGCACUGAGACGCGUGCUGUUCCGUCGCGUCGUCGUCAAAGUUUCGCCGUCCUAAGUGGGAGACGCUGAGUACCGAAGACGCGCUCCCGUUUCUUGUUCGCUUGUUGCGUGUCGUGCACACGGCGACGACGGCCCAGGCACCGGGCGCAGCGGGGGAGCGAGCUGCGCGUCGUGUCAGGAAGUCGGACUGCGCUUCUGAAAGACAAACCGAAAGUCGGAGCCGCUGCGGGCUGAAUUCAUGUUUGUGAGCGGCGUGGGCUUCCAAAGAUCACCGGUCAGUAUACAGUUCUUACUGUACGUGUGUGUGGUGUUCGGUAAACAGGGUAGCGGCGCGCUGCAGCUACUGGACCCCUGUGCGGAACUCAGCGACCGCCUUAACUUUUUUUUAACCGCCGUCAAGACGAGUUGGGGGACGACCGCGCAGGAACUCACAGUGACAGGAGGUUCACGCACACGCGAAUCAUGUCGCUCGGCUAACUGACGGAAACGGGGGAAGCAAACGGAAAGCGGCAGAAACUGAAAGAAACCGGUAGAAAUUGUCGGGAGGGGACGCGGUUUGUGCUGUUGCUGCUGCUGAGGCAAAAAGAAGAAGAAGAGGAAAAAAAAAACUGUGCGCGGCGGUUCCUCCUGUCAGUGGAGGUGAGGAGCUUGAGACCCGACUGCGCUCCGUAACGGUGCGCGCGUUGUCGGAGUCUUCCGGUGGAACGAGCGGAGUCGAGGCCGAAAGGAGGCGAGAGCAGCUCAUUCCGCACCUGAGGGCCGAGGUACUGACUGCCAAUGCCGGGGUCGUCGAUGACAGAGAGCAGCGAGUGGACUCCAGUGGAACCCUCUAGCCCAUGAUGCCGUCGUCCACGCGGAAAGGAGCGCCGAAGGACCCUGAGCUUUCCGGCCUCUUCUUCAAGGACGAUCCCGAGGAUGUCUUCUGCGACCUGCACGAGAUUGGCCAUGGGAGCUUUGGGGCCGUUUACUUUGCCCGAAAUGCUUACUCACACGAGGUGGUGGCCAUCAAAAAGAUGUCCUACAAUGGGAAGCAGACGACAGAGAAGUGGCAGGACAUCAUCAAGGAGGUCAAGUUCCUACAACAGCUGCGACACCCCAACACCAUUGAAUACAAAGGCUGCUACUUGAAAGACAACACUGCCUGGUUGGUCAUGGAGUACUGCCUGGGUUCUGCUUCAGAUUUGCUGGAGGUUCACAAGAAACCACUCCAAGAGGUAGAAAUUGCUGCCAUUACCCAUGGUGCCUUGUUGGGACUGGCUUACCUACAUUCCCAUGCAAUGAUUCACAGAGAUGUGAAAGCUGGAAAUAUUCUUCUGACUGAGCCAGGUCAGGUCAAAUUGGCAGACUUUGGUUCUGCUUCCAUAGCAUCUCCUGCCAACUCAUUUGUAGGGACACCUUAUUGGAUGGCUCCGGAAGUGAUUCUCGCCAUGGACGAAGGCCAGUAUGACGGGAAGGUGGAUGUCUGGUCCCUGGGAAUUACCUGCAUUGAGCUGGCGGAGCGCAAACCCCCUCUGUUCAACAUGAACGCUAUGAGUGCCUUAUAUCACAUUGCCCAGAAUGAUUCUCCCACGCUGCAGUCCGCCGAUUGGUCGGACGCUUUCCGAAGCUUCGUGGACUACUGCCUACUGAAGGUCCCUCAGGACCGGCCCUCCUCAGCCGAGCUGCUGCGACAUGAGUUUGUUCGACGGGAGCGUCCUACACGGGUCCUCAUUGACCUCAUCCAGAGGACCAAGGAUGCAGUGCGGGAGCUGGACAACCUGCAGUACCGCAAGAUGAAGAAAAUUCUGUACCAGGAGAAGCACAAUGGGCCCAUGGGGGAGUCUCAGGAGGAAGAGGAGGACAACGAGCAGGCCAGCUGCAAGAUGAACAGCCUGGGCAGCAACCACUCCAUCCCCAGCACAUCAGUCAGCACCGGGAGCCAGAGCAGCAGCAUCAACAGCAUGCAGGAGGCAUUAGAUGAGAGCAGUUCUGACCUGACUAUGAUGCACGCCUAUGACAGCAUCCAGGAGCCCCCAGCCGGCUCCAAAAAGGAGCACACAAGCAUAAGGGAUGAGACCCCACACCGGGACCCCAGGCCUGAUCUGCGGUCCACCACCUCCGACAAGAGCCAGGCGCACAACUACCGGAGCCGCGAGCGCUUUGCCACUAUCAAGUCCGCAUCUCUGGUUACGCGACAGAUCCAUGAGCAUGAGCAAGAGAACGAGCUGCGGGAGCAGAUGUCGGGGUACAAGCGCAUGCGGCGGCAGCACCAGAAACAGCUGAUCGCGCUGGAGAAUAAGCUGAAGGCUGAGAUGGAUGAGCAUCGGCUCCGUUUGCAAAAGGAGGUGGAGACGCAGGCCAACAAUGCCUACAUCGAGCUGGAAAAGCUGGCCAAGAAACAUGCCAUUUACACUGAGAAGGAGAUGAAGACUGUGGCAGCUGAUGAGAAGAAGUUCCAGCAGCAGAUCAUGGCCCAGCAGAAGAAGGAGCUCGCCACUUUCCUGGAUAAUCAGAAGAAACAGUACAAGCUCUGCAAGGAGAAGAUUAAGGAGGAGAUGAAUGAGGACCACAGCACACCCAAGAAGGAGAAGCAGGAGCGUCUGUCCAAGCAUAAGGAAAACAUGCAGCACUCGCAGGCCGAGGAGGAGGCACAGCUACUGAGCCAGCAGAGGGUCUUCUAUGAGCGAAACUGUCGUGCCUUCAAGCGCAAGACCAUGAUCAAGAGGCACGAGUUCGAACAGGAGCAGCUGCGUGAGGAGCUGAAUAAGAAGAAGACACAGAAGGAGAUGGAGCAUGCCAUGCUCAUCCGGCAUGACGAGUCAACGCAGGAGCUAGAGCACCGGCAGCUGAAGACGCUACAAAAGCUGCGCAUGGACCUGAUCCGGCUGCAGCACCAGACAGAGCUGGAUAACCAGAUUGAGUACAACAGCCGGCGGGAGCGCGAACUGCAUAGGAAGCAUGUUAUGGAGCUGCGGCAGCAACCGAAAAACCUCAAGGCCAUGGAGCUGCAGAUAAAGAAGCAGUUCCAGGACACAUGUAAGGUGCAGACCAAGCAGUAUAAGGCUCUGAGGAACCACCAGCUGGAGGUCACCCCCAAGUGUGAGCAUAAGGCCAUCUUGAAGGCACUGAAGGAGGAGCAGACGCGCAAGCUGGCCAUCCUGGCAGAGCAGUAUGAGCAGAGCAUCAAUGAGAUGAUGGCAUCCCAGGCACUGCGGCUGGAUGAGGCCCAGGAGGCCGAGUGCCAAGCCCUUAGGCAUCAGCUCCAGCAGGAGAUGGAGCUGCUGAACGCCUACCAGAGCAAGAUCAAGAUGCAGACGGAAGCACAGCACGAGCGCGAGCAACAGAAGCUGGAACAGAAGGUGUCACUGCGCCGUGCGCACCUGGAGCAGAAGAUCGAAGAAGAGCUGGCUUCACUUCAGAAGGAACGCACCGAAAGGAUCAAGCACCUCUUAGAACGGCAAGAAAGGGAGAUUGACUCUUUCGACAUGGAGAGCGUUCGCUUGGGCUUUGUAAACCUAGGCACGCUAGACUAUACCAAGGAGGACUACAGAUGAAAAGUCUCACCACAAGUCCUCGUCUCACUUCUCCUCAAUGACAGGCUCCAUGCUACUGACGUCACUUUCGGACUAGUGCCUGUGCUGACCUUAACCAUCAGGGGCCCCACUUGUUCAGUUACAAGACAAUAUGCUGGAUGACUCUCCUGGUCGUGUCUUUUGAAACAAAUGUCAGUGUUGAUGAUGUUUUUUGUGCAAUGAUGACCUUCUUUGAUGAAACUGAAAACAAAGAAAAAACAAAAAACUGGGUGUACAUUGCUGAACAACCAUGCAUUAAAGAUGACUUUUGUCAGGCUGUGUGAAAAGAACAAACUUUUUACAUCCUCUCGCAGCCUUAUCUUUAACGCUGCUUUCCUGUCUUUGGUAUUUGUUCAUCAGGAAAUUUUAGAUAGAUCAAUUUGAUACAUUUACAUAUGAGCUCACAAUGUGUGUGUGUAUGUAUAUAUAUAAUAUAUAUAUAUAUAUUAUAUAUAGGUAGUUUACGUUUACUUAGAGUAAAAUGUGACUUAUCAAACGCGGCCUGUGGGUGAUUAUAACCCGGCAAUCUGAACCAUUUUCUACAAAGACAAUGUGAAUACCAUAUGUAAAUCCCAAAACCUAUGCACACAGGGCUUGGGAUGGUCGUGUAUUUUGUGUAUAGAAGGAUUUAUUGAGAGCUUUUAAUUAUUUUCCUAUGUAUUUUAACUGUUCCUCAGAUGAAUUUUUUAAACAAUGAUUUUUUUUCAUUGUUCAGUAUUUGAAGUUUGGAUCGGUCAGUUGGCUCUUUGAAUUUCCAUAGAGAUCAUUAUUAUUGCUUUAACCACUUUCAAGCUGUGUAUUUUCUUACAACAAAAUCAGUAAAAUGCUUUUAUUGCAUGCACUUUAAUUUUUUUUUCAGGUUGAGAAGCAUGAAUCUGUCAGAGCUUUUAAUUAUAUUUGUAAAUAAAAGUGCUCAUCACAGCUUUCUUCUUAAUGCUUAAUUAACAGCACUAGACCUACACCCAAGUUUCACCAUAUUGCCCCUUUACCAUUGAAUUGAUUCCCCCCGUGGGGAUUAUCAGGGUGGCAACACUCAGUGGAAUCUUUUUUUUAAAAGCAAACAAUGCUUGAUUUGUUUGAAUGUGCAUGCUGUGCCCUCACAAAAAUGGUUACUUAACUCACCUUUUAAAAAAAGAUUUUCAGAGGCCUUUAGCUUUCACAAUUUUAGACUUUCCUCCUUUUGUGAGGAGGUUAUUUUGACCAUCAGUCUAUAUGUCUGACUAUAGUUAGGUUAUUAUUUGAAAGCAAUGAUUUUGAUGGCAGUUGUGCAACUUGAAACUUACUUAUACAACCUGAACACAGGAUUUGAUCAGAUGCAGCAGACAAAUCUUUGCCAAGAUGACUGAUAAAAUGCUCUUGAACUACAUGUCACAGCCAAUGACAAGGGUCAUGUAGUCAACAGUAUGUUGAAUUUAUUUUGAAAGCAUUGUGGCAAUUACUGCAAAAAUAAAACUGAAGU